CUCCUUUCCCGGCCUCUCCCGGUCCCCUCCUCCCGCCUGUCUCCGGGCAGGACACGGAAGAUGGCGGCGGACGAUCGGUCCCGGACGGACUCGGCUAAGGAGAAGCGGAGCGAGCAGCUGAGGCGGUGGCUGGGCUCUGAGACGGAGCGAUGUCCGGGCAGCACACGCCGCCCGCCCCGGGUGCGUUUCGCCCAAGGAGCCGUGUUCAUGGCCGCCUGUUCGGCUGGAGACCGGGAGGAGGUCCGGCAACUGCUGACUGCCGGAGCCCCGAUCAACGGCACCAACGUGGACGGACUGACGGCCCUGCACCAGGCCUGUAUUGACGAAAAUAUAGAAAUGGUUCAGUUUCUGGUGGAGAAUGGCGCUACCGUGAACCAGCAGGACAACGAGGGGUGGACCCCGCUCCAUGCAGCAGCGUCCUGCGGCUUUGUGAGCAUAGCACAGUACUUGAUCUCUAAGGGGGCGAGCGUAGCCAUUGUAAAUAGUGAAGGGGAGCUUCCACUGGACGUGUCUCAUGAGAGCGCCAUGGAGAAGCUACUGAAGAGCGAGAUCAAGAAGCAAAGUGUCGAUUUAGAUGCAGCGCGAAAAGAGGAGGAGGAGCUUAUGUUAAGAGACACCCGCCGCUGGCUGAACAAUGGCAAAUAUGAAGACCUCAGGCAUCCCACCACCGGGGCUACUCCUCUACAUGUAGCAGCUGCAAAGGGCUACACUGAAGUCAUAAGGCUGCUCCUACAGUUGGGGUUAGACGUGGAUUCCCGCGACUUAGAUGGUUGGACUCCUCUGCACGCGGCCGCUCACUGGGGCCAACAGGAUGCAUGCCGUCUCCUGUGUGAGGCUCUCUGUGACAUGGAGGCUGUCAGCAAAGUGGGCCAGACACCCUUUGAUGUUGCGGAUGACAGUUUAGAGUCUGUCCUGGAAGAGAUGAAGAAGAAACAGAGUGUGUUACGCUUGGAAAAGAUGAAGAAUGCUCCACAGAUAAUGUCUCAGACGAGUCCUCCGAAUCAAAAUGCAGCUAGCAGAACAAGGAGGAGUUCUAUUUCUCGUAUGAGCAGCCAAGAGAAAGUUGCACUUCGUGUGCAGGACAAAGAGCGCCGGACACAGCCCAUUACGCCCACCGUACCCACCAGCCAACCUAUUGCUUCAAGUUCUGAUGAUUCUGGUUCUGAUGCAGAGUCUGAAAAGGUGAAAGCUCAGGAAAGAAUUAAUAAUCUGAACAAUCAGUUACGUAACCUUUCAACAACCACCACAAAGAAGACCUCAGCUGUCCCGGAGCAGGAGAAAACUGAGCCGUCAUGGCGAGCCUCUUUGAAGAAGACUAGUAGUUCUGGCACAUUGAGCUCUGGCACCUCUUCUGAAGAAGGCAGGAGGGCAGCACUACCUAAAUCUGCCUCCAGCUCCCAGCUAGCAGACAGAGAGAAGAUGUCGUCUGAACUCCGUUUAGCACGUGUGCCUCCAAGUCAAAAACUGUCUAGUAACCAGGAAAAUGUGAGGGAACCUCAGUUUGGCCGUAGGCCAUUCACCCGUCAAUAUAAUGAUGGAGAUGAAGGACUAAACUCUUUCCGUAGACAGAGGGAGCCUCUGACAUCAACCUCCUUGUCUAGAAGAGAACCUUUAACAAAGCCAGAAUCUUCAUUACCAAGUGGAGAUGCUUUGCCUCCUAAAGUAGAUGCCACUGUAUCAACAGCAUAUUCAAGGACUGCCGAGACUGCAAACUCAAAAAGUACAAAUUCAGGGCCAGCAACCAAUACAGAGACCAAAGAGCGACGCAAGUCUUACCUGACCCCUGUGAGAGAUGAAGAGGCUGAAGCUCAGAGAAAGGCAAAGUCUCGACAUGCACGACAGUCUCGUCGAUCCACUCAGGGAGUGACACUCACAGAUCUGAAAGAGGCUGAGAAAGUCAUCAAAGGUCAGCAGGAAAAUAAAGAAGCAGGAUCAGAGCCAGCGAAGACCAAAGAAGAGGAGAACAACCAGACAAGACCAAGGAGUAGCCGUGCCAUCAGUGAUGAUGGGGCGGAGGUCAGUUGGAGGUCCCGAAUAGCCAGUUUGCAGAAAUCUGAUCUUUUAGGAUUAACCACUCCAGAUCCUACCCCAGUAUCUUCAGUUUCACAGAGACGAGGAGCAGGACAAAGCCAAGAGAGCAAAGAGUUGCAGAAGUCCCAAGAGGACGAGAAAGAAAGUGAUGAGCGAGGAGGCCGGAGCAAGGCAGGUGUUCGGGACCGGAGGAAGCCACGAGGAAAGAGGAGAUCCACUGGAAUUCCUCUGACCACUAGAGAUAGUGAUGGCGAGGAAUCUGAGGAGGAGAAAGACACGGAAGGAUGUCCGCGAGCUCAGGUAGAUGGACUUAGCUCUCGAUUUUCCAAUCCGAAAAUAUCUUUCAGGGCAGGUACAGUUCCCAAUGCGCACGUUGCAAGCCGGGUAGAAGCAGCCAUCGCGGCUGAACACAGGGACACCAAGGAUUUCAAAAAACUGUAUGAAGACUUGAUGAGAGACAACGGACGUCUUCGCUCCCAGCUGCUAAACACCCAAAACUUGGUGAAUGAGACAAAAGCAGAGUUGGAAAGAGCUAACCAGAGGCAGGAAAGAAGCGUUGACAGAUCUUUUCUAAUUGAUACAGAGAAGAAGGAGAAGCUAAUCUUGGAGCGUAGAGUAUCCGAACUUAAGGACGAGCUUAAGGUUCUCGGGGAUCUGAAGGCUGAUAACCAACGCUUGAAAGAUGAGAAUGGAGCCUUAAUCCGAGUUAUUAGUAAACUAUCCAAAUAGCAGAGCUGCCUCAGGACCUGCUCCACGUUACCUGCUCUCCCUCCAGUCACCCCAUUGGGACAGACCAGGUGGACAUAGAAUAUCACAGGGAGCCGGGGAUUACCGGAUGUUUAAUCAGCCUCUCCUUCCUACUACCACAUCACUCGUUUUCCACAAAGCAACGUCUGGGAAUUGUCACUUCAGAGGCCACUUUGGGAGCAAUGCCGUUACUACAGGUGAAGGUCAAGACCAACUAUGAAGAGAAGGAGGUAUGUGCUCCUCAGAAUGUACCCAGAAAAACCAGACUCAUCACUGUCCGUUUUUAAGACAAAGUUUUGGUCGAGAGAGACCACCUUAAUGGUGCGGCUUUCCUGAUAUUGUGGCACCUUUCUAGAAUAUAUAUAUAUAUUUUCUACAGCCUUAUGUUGGACACAAGAAUCUAAGCUUUGACCACAUCAACUGAUGACCAUCUCCCAAGAUGGGGAACCACUUGAGAUCUCCAACUUCCCACCAUAAAGUGAUGCCAUAAAAGGACAACAGGACAGACAAAUGACACACCAUCUUGUCAUCCUUAAUAUCCCUCGUCCCCUGACCUUGCGGAGUACUGUGGAUAGUUAGAAAGGAUUGCUCUUAGGUGACUGAUGCGAGGGGGUGGCUGCUGUGCAUGUCCUGAUCACUGUGUCCUCCUGCCCCUUGAGGCAAGAUAGUCACAGGACGGAGAACAGAGUGGGGUGAGCAACACGUGACCAUCCAGAUCCAACAUUUGGGAAGAGCACAAGUCUAUAUGAUCGUGUUUUGUUUGGUUUGUUGUUCCCUAGUGUUUUUUUUUUUCUCUUUUUUCUUUUGCAACCGAUGUCACUUUGUUGAAGAAGCUGCCAGUAUGGGUAGGUAACACCGUAUGUUCUGUUUCAUGAGCACAUUUUAAACACUAGACUCUGAUGCGUUAUUCCCCCCCCCCCACCUUUGAUAGGUUUUCUUAUUGUUUUAUCAGGGAGAGAGGAUUUUAUUUUAUUUAUUGUGACUUUUUUUUUUUUUUAAGUGGCAGUGGUAUUUUUUUGCUUCCCAUCGAUGGAUAUUCCACUUUAAAUCCCAUCCUAUUGGCUAUUCCAGAGUCUUUUAGCAUUUGCGGAACACUCCAGUCAUCACAUAAGAAUACCAAAUACAUAGGAAAAGUGCUAAGACUUGAAUAGGGAAGCAUAUAAAUGCCAUUUUCUAAAUCUCUUCCAUCCCGGGUGGAGCUAUUAAAUGACACUUGCCAACUUUUGAUGGAAAGUGAGGUGAGAUAAGGGGUGAGUAGGACGCAUAUCUCUACCAUGUGUGGCUAAGGAGCAUGUAGAAACACUAUGUCAUAGCUAGUUUUACAUUUUGACUGGAGUUUUCCUUAAAGGGGUUGUCCGGUUUAAGGAAGACACAUGAUCCAUCUGCUAAAAAAAAAAAAUCUGAGCAUUACUUACCUGAUCCCAUGCCUCAGCGGCGUACCGAAGAGGUCAGUGAUUGGUUGUAGCAGUCACUUGUGACGUCACUGAUGCAGCCGAAAGAACCGGAGCAGCGGCGCAGGACUUGUCAGGUAAGUAAGGCUCAGUUCUUUUUAGCAGAAGGAUCCUAUGUGUUGUCUGGCUUCUUCCUGAAACCAGACAACCCCUUUAAAUGGUUAUUCUCACCUUAUAGGGCGAUGACAUAUCACUAGUUUAUGACAUCACUUUUAAUGAUUGGGGAUCCGAUGUCUUAGAAAGAAGGGUCUGGAGAGCUGCCCCUUCCAAGACUCUCCCCGAAUAGUGGCGGCCUGGCCGCCCACUGUGCAAGUGAACUGCAGCCUAGCUCCUUUGAAGUGAAUUGCGCCGGAUGCCGUUCACUGUACAGGUGGGUGGCCAGGGAUUGUUAGCACUGGUUCAGCACUGCAGCCCCCUCUUUCUCAGAAUGAGAGGGGUGCCAGAGGUCAGCCCCCCACUGACUGUAAAGUUGUGACACAUCCUAGCAAUAUGCCAUCACUUUAUGAAUAUGGAAUAAUAUAAAAAAAUUUCAUGUCAGAAACUUUUCCCCAUAAUCUAACGGCAGGGCCUGAGUUUUUAAAAACGAGUGAAAAAUUUUGUAUAGUUGUUUUGCCAAAUCGCACAAUUCUAACUGACUGUUAAUGGUGGUGCCAAUAUAUAAAAUCGUAGAACAGGGACAUUUAGCUGAUGGACGGCGUAAAGUGAGGUUAAAGGGAGCCUGUCAAAUCUCUGCAGGCAACGUGUUCUAGAGCAGGAGGAGCUGAGCAGAUUGCUAUAUAGUUUUAUAGGAAAAGGUUCGGCACAAAUUGUCAUUUAUUCAUUUGAAUCCCCUUUCUGUGCUUAGGAGUCCAGUAGCUGGUCCUACCCAGUGAUUGGCUGCCAUUCCUAUAGGACCUCCCACUGGACUCCUAGGAAUUGCAAGAGCAGAAGUUCUAAUCAAUGAAGUACACACUAUACAAAGCUAUAUAUCAAUCUGCUCAGCUCCUCCUGCUCCAAACCUGCUGCCUGCAGAUAGGAUUGAAUUUUCUAUGUCAGAGUUUCUCUUUAACCAUAGCAACUCAUUAAAUUUCCCCUGUACUACUGUCCAUCAAAGGUAAACGACCAUCUGGAUGCUAUGUGUCAUUUUUGUCGUUUUAAACUAUUUUUUAAAGGGUUUAUCCUACGAGAACUAUUCAUCACCUAUCCGCCUAAUUAUCAGAUUGCAACAGGUCCGACCACUGGGAUCCCCAGCGAUCCCAAGAAUGGGGAUUCCUGAGCCCCCUCUCUGAAUGAAGCAGAAGUGCGCAUGUUGGUCCAGUGCUCCAUUCACUUCAAUGGGACUGACUUAAACAGGCUCCUUCAGUCCCAUAGAAGUGAAUGGAGAGGGGACUCGGGGUCCUCUGCUCUCGAGAUCACUGGGGAUCCCAGCAGUUUGCCCUCCCCUUCCCCCCACUGUUCGAUAUUUAUCACCUAUCCUGUGGUUAGCUGCGGAAUACUUUUCAUGGGUUAACCCCUUUAAGCUCUGCACCAGCCUCUUUAAAUGUCCCUCGGUGAACUGCAUUACCGCAUACUUCAUUUGUUUGCUGGGUGGUUCAUGUUUUCCUGCCUGCGUUUCAUCUAUAAACCCCGUAGUUUGCAGAUGGCUAUGAAACAAAUGAUAAAAUGUCACACAAGCCAAAACGUAUUCCACCAAGGCUAGUUUUACAACCGUGCCAACAUAGUCCUGGAUGGAAGAUGUCCUUAAAAAGCCACAAGUAUAUUGUAAAGGGGGGGCAGAAUGUUCUUUAUCUCUAUUAUGAAUGAUGGACUGUGCCGACUUAUAGGCCUAUAGUGCCUGUAGUCCAGGGUCGGCCUGCUGCUUUCUCAUACUGUUCAUUCUGAUGAGAUAAGUGCCAGACCAAAGUUUAUUCCCUCAGUAGCUGUCAGCCCAGUCCCACCAGUAACAUGCCUGCUUUUCUCGGCUGAGCGUACAUGUUAAUUUCAGUAGAGGAAUGAGGGUGGAGAGAAUGCCGGACAUUUCUGCCAUCUCAACUAUAAAUGGCAAAUCGGUCUCUGCUCCUCCACCCCUCCCAAUCAUCAUUUGGCUGGUAGCCUUACCCCCAAUUAGAUCAGGGAUCAGUACUGCAUGCUCCACUUUGCAGCUUUCUUAUGUUAGGGCUUAUGCACACGAGUGUAAGUACUCCGUGCCCCCAUUGCGGACUGUAAAUGGCGGGUCUUCAAUAUAUGGGCACUGGCUCAUAUUUCCGUUUCCCCUUUCUCACUGUGCUGAGCUUGGCUGUAAGACAACCGGCUGCGGUAGGAGCCUUCCCUCCUCGGCCCCGUCUGCGGUAGGAGCCUUCCCUCCUCGGCCCCGUCUGUGCUGGGAGCCUUCCCUCCUCGGCCCCGUCUGCGCUGGGAGCCUUCCCUCCUCGGCCCCGUCUGCGGUAGGAGCCUUCCCUCCUCGGCCCCGUCUGUGCUGGGAGCCUUCCCUCCUCGGCCCCGUCUGCGCUGGGAGCCUUCCCUCCUCGGCCCCGUCUGCGCUGGGAGCCUUCCCUCCUCGGCCCCGUCUGCGCUGGGAGCCUUCCCUCCUCGGCCCCGUCUGCGCUGGGAGCCUUCCCUCCUCGGCCCCGUCUGCGCUGGGAGCCUUCCCUCCUCGGCCCCGUCUGCGCUGGAGCCUUCCCUCCUCGGCCCCGUCUGCGCUGGGAGCCUUCCCUCCUCGGCCCCGUCUGCGGUGGGAGCCUUCCCUCCUCGGCCCCGUCUGCGGUGGGAGCCUUCCCUCCUCGGCCCCGUCUGCGCUGGGAGCCUUCCCUCCUCGGCCCCGUCUGCGCUGGGAGCCUUCCCUCCUCGGCCCCGUCUGCGCUGGGAGCCUUCCCUCCUCGGCCCCGUCUGCGCUGGGAGCCUUCCCUCCUCGGCCCCGUCUGCGCUGGGAGCCUUCCCUCCUCGGCCCCGUCUGCGCUGGGAGCCUUCCCUCCUCGGCCCCGUCUGCGCUGGGAGCCUUCCCUCCAAACAAGGCUAUCUACUGUUAGUGUUUCUUUAAGAGAAUAGAUAAGGGCUAUAAAUACAUACUAGAAUGAGUGUGGACUAUUUUAGAGGUGAUUUCCAGGAGUUCAGUAUUGAUGACCUAUCCCCAGAGGAUAGAUUAAUAAGUAUUUCGGCCGUGGGGGGGUCUGACUCCUUUGCUCCCCUGUCAGUCAGCUGUUUGGAGAGGUGAGUCCCACAGCCUCUUCCUAGGCCACGUUCAUCGGUCACGUGGCCUGUGUACAUCUCAGUCCCAUUUAAGUGAAUAGGCCUGGGCUGCAAUACCAAGCACGACCACUAUAUAAUAUAUGGCACUGUGAGGAGGCCGCAGCCUCUUCAAAUAGCUGAUCGGCAGGGGUGCCAAGAGUCGGACCCCCACCGAUCAGAUAUUGAUGACCUAAACUAAGCAAUAUUCUACUCCUGGAAAACCCCUUUAAUUGCCGCUCCCACUUCCCUAGCCUAUUUUUAACAUCCUGUCUUUCGUGGAACGCGUUUUUGGCUUUUUCACUAAACGUACCACCCUAGUAUCCCAUUGGAUGUAACGCAGGCAGAGAAUCGACUACAGCCCGUGACGAGGCCAAAUCUGUCCCUGCUCUCCGACUGUAGAGGGAAAGAUGUUUGAGCUGCCGCAGGAAGCAGAGGAGUGAGAGAGAGCAGGAGGCUGAAUCUCAACAAAUUUCCUGGCAUUGAACCAAGUGAGGGACGUCAAGGGCUGCAGAGCGGACGGACACUGUGUAGAAGGACAUGAAACGCGUUUCACUCCCGUUACCUCUCCAGUCUUUUGUGAAACCUGAAUCCCCUGCGUCCCCCUCCUCCUCCGUCUACUUCUGCCUGUGUUUUUUUUCACUCACGUGUUAUUAAUAUUUUGUGCAAUAUAUUAUAUUUAUAAAUGGUUUUACCAGACACUGCGUUCCUUCAUGCUGCAGUUACUGCCUUUUUGCUUUGAUAUUGUUCAUAUAAUUUAUAAAUGCACUGUUUUAUUUUCCAAGGCACUCAUUUGUGUGUUUUUGCUCAUUUUGCCAACGGUCCAACCUGUCUCCAUGUGUCCAUGCCCUGUAUCCUAUUGUGUCAAAAGCAGGAAUUUGGCAAACCUUGGCUCUCUAGCUGCUGGUGGACUGUAUAUGGUCUGUCCAUCAGCAGAUGGGGCCCCGAGGCAUGCCUGUAUCUGGCUCAUAGACGUGAGCUUCUGGUUUAUAUUUCCCAUUCCAUUGAUAUCCUUGUGUGUAACUUUGUCCUUCUCUACAGCCGUGUGUGUCUUACUGGUGACGGGAUGUCCUCCCAUCACACCAAACAUACAAAUAAACUCACUUUGAAACAUG